GGCUCUAUGAUUAUAGCCGCGAUUUUAUUAUUAUCCUUCCCUUUUAUUCGCCGUUUCCUUUACGAGCUAUUCCUUCGACUCGGUAUCUACUAUCCGGUACUCUACUGCCCCGGCUAUAUAUUUAUAUUCCGCUUAGUAUAAUACUACUUAUAUUACUAGUCGAACUUUUCCUUUUUAUCGUUAGGAACGGUAUCUUCCCCCUACGUCCCUAUUCUCGUGCCUCUAUCAGAUAUAAUCGGCAAAGAGGCAACACCGCUGAAAGUAAGGAUUGUACUUAUAAGGCCCUUAUAUAUCGAGCCCUAGAUGGCUAUACUUCCUUGAUAGUAUUUGUUAGCGGGCCGUAUAGAGUCAGCAAAUCCGUAGACUAUUACGAAUACGUCUUAGCAAUUACGACCGAUUUCGGUAUAGUGUUAUAUCUUAUCUUAAAAAGCUCCUAUACGGGUAUAACACUUGUACGUUAUAUAUACGCCGGGUAUAUUUCGUAUAGGAGGUCUAAAUAUUGGCUUUAUUUAAACCUUCCAGAAGUCCCUCUGCCAUCAGAUAGGGGCGUAUAUGCCUUUACGAAAUGUAGAAAUAUAGAAAUCCAAUCUAUCGUGAUUAACGAAAAAGAACAACUUAAGUAUUCAAAGCCCCAUAAAGACAAUUUUAGUGCUUUUAGCCUUAGGAAUCACUACCAGAGAAGAGCCCUAACUUCACCGGAUCUUAAGCUUCUAAAAAUUGCAACUAGCGAGACUAUAAGCGUAAAACAAGCUCGAGACGUCGAAGACUGCGGUAAUAGCUUAAUCACAAUUAUACGAUCCGACGGCCCGAUUGCCUCGUUUAAGUCUCUUUUACUCAACUAUUACUUAUAUAUCUUACCUCGUAUUGACUUGACUUCGUCCCUAGCGGUAUACGUGUUAUAUCUGAGGUACCUAAACUCGCUUACUUAUUUAGUUUCGAAGUCAGACGAUAUAAAUCGCCGUCUUGCCU